AUGCCUGACCCGAAUCUCCAGAUCUCGCUCCUCAAGCCUGAGGAAGCGGAGCAAUAUAUGUGUUUACGGCACGAAGUCUUUCGCCCGACAGUCAACAAGAUUCUUUACGCUCGCGGCGAGCCUUCUCAAAAGACGCUCGAUGCUGUGACUGAAGACAUCCGUGAGGGUAUCGUCAACAGAGGAAUCCUCUACCUCAAGUGCAUCGAUACCUCAACUGGCGAGAUGAUUGCUGGUGCCCGUUGGCGUUAUGUCAAGCCCACAGAAGAGGGCGCCAAAGAACGGACUUGGGAGGAAGUUGAUGCUGGGUUAACCGUCCCUGAGCCAUAUGCCGAGAGCGAUCCUGAAAUGUUCAAGGCUUUAUUCGCAUUGUUCAACGCAAACAAGCGGGAGAUACUUGGGAGACAGCCAUACUACGUUCUUGAUACGCUGGUCACACUCGAGAGACAUAUGAGGCGGGGAGCAGGUAGCAUGCUCAAGCCAGUCCCAUGGGAGCACCGAUGUAUGCGCGUCACGGCUUUGAACCAGUCAAAAAAGUAG